GUUUUCACUUCACCAAUUCCAAGCGAUGAAUGUCUACGACGUCAUCAUAGAUCCUACUGUGAUCUCUGACUGUCUAGCAUGUAACUUUGUUAGUUCCAAUGAAAGACAUUUGCUAGUUGGAAAAGCCACGACUCUCGAAAUUUACGAGGUGUUAAAAAUUAAACGGCCCUCUCCAGGAAAGGGCAUUGACUACAGACUUAAACUUCUCGAUUCCUUCAAACUCCAGGGACUUAUAACCAAGUUGAAGCCAAUCAGAACGGUGGAAAGCCCUCAAUUGGAUUAUGUACUCGUGUCCACAAAAAGUGCUAAGGUGUCUUGUAUCAGGUGGGAUAUGUUCAAACACUCGAUCGCAACUGUAUCCUUGCACUUUUACGAGCAUACUUUGCAAAAUUCUAUGUACGAGAAGCUUUACGAGACAGAACUACUUGUGGGUUCCUCCGCGAGACCAAUGUUCUGCUUGCGCCGGAAUAAUCUACUCGUCUUUCUUCCUUUCACUUCGAUCGACGACGAAGAUGACGAUGUUGACGAAGAGGAAUCUAACAACCUGGAGACGAACAUGGGGGCAAUAGGUAAAGAACCUAGUCCUCCUAAUGAUGUGAUACCGGAAGGUCAUUCGUCUGGGCCCCUGGAUGACAAUUCUGCUCGCCUCAAAAGUCCAGAUCUGGGAGAUCGUACACUUUUAAGUGAAGACCUGCACCCGAACUCCACCGGUGGAUCUAAUUUAGACCUCUUUGAAACAAGCAUAAUUCUUGAUGCUGCAUCGUUGGAUCCCACAGUCGGGGAAAUUAUUGAUUUGCAAUUUCUUCACAAUUACAGAGAGCCGACUGUGGCAGUUCUCUCGCAAGUGACUAAAACUUGGGCAGGGUUAUUACCCCAGAAGAAAGACAAUGUUGUUUAUUCAGUCUGGUCUUUAGAUAUUGCUUCGGCUUCUGCCACAACGGUAUUCAAAAUUGAGAAUCUACCAUUCGAUGUACAUCGGAUUGUGCCACUUAUGUCCCCACUCAAUGGAUCUUUGUUAGUGGGAUGCAAUGAAAUUAUGCACAUUGACAGUGGUGGAAUUCUGCGUCGAGUGGCGCUAAAUCUGUAUGUGUCUGACAUAACGCACUCCAUGAAAGACUUCGUGGAUGAAACACUGAGAGAGUUACGGCUAGAAGACUGCUCUAUAUCCAUGAUUCCCAAUGAUUGUAGAGUUUUGAUGGUUUUGAAAACCGGAGAAAUGCACACGAUCAAUUUCGAGGUUGAUGGAAAAACCAUAAAAGGCCUCACUAUAGAAACCUUGGAUUCUUCUCUUUUUGAAAAUAUAGAAAUGGAAAAUCCGGGCCCUGUUAUCAGCCUUGAUACAAAUUUGCUCUUUUUUGCGGGAAAAAGUUCUGAUUCAGCACUUGUUGAGAUCGUAUACUCUGAAAGCACUGAAAACCAUAAUAAUGUCGAUAUGGAAGAACAAAAGAGUGAACUAGACUGUGGACCAGACGAUGAUGACGAUAAUCUUUACGGCGAUGAUGAUAAGAUUGAUCACAUCGGUGAUCGCAAACGGACAAUCAAAUUUGUCAAACAUGAUGUCAUGCGAAACAACGGACCGAUAUCCUCAUUCACAAUGGGUAAGUACUCCUCUGACAAGUUUGUUGCAAAUCUUCCAAACCCUUCAUACAAUGAAGUUUCUAUCGUUGCUGCAGGGGGGGUAGGAAAAUCAGCUCAUCUCAAUUUGAUGACCCCCACCGUACAGCCUAUCAUCAAAUCGUCUCUUCGUUUUUCCCAGAUCCACAGGCUUUGGAUUAUCAGUAACAAGUACCUUAUUACGUCGGAUGACUCCAACCAAAAGUCGGAAAUAUUUGACAUUAAUCAGUCAUAUGCACGGAUUCCAUCAAAACACUUCAUCAAUACAGAGUUGACUAUCGCAAUGCACGAGCUUAAUGAUGGAAAAUUUAUACUUCAAGUGACCCCUAAGCAAAUUUUAUUAUUUGACGACAAAUUGAAAAAAAUUGUCAGUUUGGAUGAGCAAUUAAAAGAGUUUGGCGAUGCUAAUAUCAUCAACAGCGUUUUCAGCGAUGAAUUUCUCAUGAUCUUCUUUUCUACUGGUGAAGUAAUCAUCUACAGCAUCAACACCUACAAUAAGGUUUUCACGAAGAUCGAGCUUCCCAAAUUAUUGUCGGAAACCAUCAUUACCACAGGUUACAUUACGAAUUCCAGACUUUUAAACGUAGUCCUGAAAGAUGUUGGUGUGCUCAUAAACCGCGGUCAAAAAAGAAAGCGUAAUGUGGAGCCUUUCUCGGGUUCCCAGCUAAACCCCACUGCUGCGCUGAAGAUCAAAACAUUUGUUCUUGUAACGGGUGAUAACAGAGUUGUUGUUUUUGGAAGAUUUCACAAUGAGAAAUGCUUUCAACUCAACUCAGUUGAUAAAUUCACUAACUGUUUAUCACUAGGCUUCUUUGAUAUCAACGGUAGUGAGCCAGAUCCGUUCAUUAAACAGGUUAUCCUUAAUGAUCUCGGUGAUGACUUUUCCAAAGAUGAAUACCUAACGAUUCUAACUGUUGGUGGCGAGAUUUAUACUUACAAGAUGUACUUCGAUGGCGAGAAUUACAAUUUCGUGAAGGAAAUCAGUCUACCCAUUACUGGUGCACCUCAAAAUGCUUAUCCGUUCGGUACUUCUCUCGAGAGAAGAAUGAUAUAUUUCUCGAAUGUGAGCGGCCUUACCUGUGUUAUGGUGACAGGAGUGGUUCCAUACUUUAUCACUCGCUCAAGUCACAGUCUUGUAAGAAUUCAUAAAUUCUCCAAGAUUCCGAUAAUCUCGUUUGUUCCAUACUCUGAUGAUAAGAUCAAAAAUGGAUUGAUCUAUCUUGACACGAAGAAAAAUGCCCGUAUCGUUGAACUUCCGACCGAGUUUAAUUAUGAAAAUAACUGGCCUAUUCGAAGAAUUCACAUUGGUGAAACUAUAAAAUCCGUGGCAUACCAUGAAAGUUCUCAUACAUUUGUCGUUUCCACAUUCAAAGACAUUGCAUACAAUUGCUUAGAUGAGGAUGGAAAUCCAAUCAUAGGUACAAAUCCAGAAAAGCCGCUGGCAUAUUCAUACAAGGGACAUAUACAUUUAUUAUCACCAAUCUCGUGGACUUCAAUUGACUCAUUUCCAUUAGAGGAUAACGAGGUAGGACUACAUGUCAAAUCUAUGGCUCUUGAUAUUGGCAGUGAGAGCAAAAGGUUCAAACGCAAGAAGGAAUUGAUUUUAAUUGGGACUGGAAAAUACAGGAUGGAAGAUUUGGCCUCUAACGGUUCAUUCCGCCUACUUGAAAUCAUUGAUAUUAUUCCCGAACCAGGGAAGCCAGAAACAAAUCACAAAUUUAAAGAAAUUACACAAGAGGACACAAGAGGAGCCGUCACUGCAAUUUGUGAUGUAAGCGGUAGGUUUUUGAUAGCUCAGGGGCAAAAGAUCAUCGUUCGUGACAUUAAAGAUACGACCGCUGUGUCCGUGGCAUUCAUGGAUUUAUCUGUCUUCGUUUCAGAAGCAAAGAGUUUUGGAAACAUGGUACUUUUUGGAGAUACUCUAAAAAGCGUAACGCUCGCAGGAUUUGAUGCUGAACCUUUCCGUAUGAUCUUGUUAGGAAAGGACUUGCAUGUUAAUGAUAUAAGUUGCGCCGAUUUCAUAUACAAGGAUGAGGAGAUCUUCAUCUUGGUUGCAGAUAACGAUAAAAUGCUCCAUGUUCUACAAUAUAAUCCGGAAGAUCCUGCAAGUGCUAAUGGACAGAGAUUGCUACGCAAGUCUACUUUUAACACGAAUUUUUCUACAACUUGUAUGAAAUCUUUACCGAAACAUGAGCAAAUCACCGAAUGGGUCGAACCAAACAGGAUAUCCUUUCAAACAAUUGCCUCAACUGCCGAGGGUGCCAUGUUCGUCGUAUUUCCUGUGAACGAUGUCACUUACAGAAGAAUGUUCAUCCUUCAACAACAAAUAACGGAGAAGGAAUAUCAUCAUUGUGGAUUGAAUCCAAGACUGAAUCGUCAAGGGGCGUUUGAAGCCGACCCAGAUCAUACCUUACGGCCAAUACUUGACUGCGAGAUUUUGAGACGUUACGCUAAAUUGAACCGGGAUCGGAUGCGUAGUUUGGGACAAAAGAUCUCCGUCAAGAAUGUAUCUGCAGAAAUUUGGACGGACUUGAUUGAGUUUGAAAAUGCUUUAAACAAUUUAUAAAUCUUGGGC